AUGAUAGAAAAUUUUAAUGAUCAUGCAGAACGAAAAGUGAAAAAUGAGUUUAAAUAUCUCAAAGCUUGUAUUAUAGAUCUGGAAUACGGAAUGCGUAUGUUCCAUAAAAAGCUAGAGAAUAUUGUUGAUCAAUGUAAUUAUAUGUAUUCAGAUAAUUAUGAUUAUAGUAGCAAUACAUCAGAUUCUGAAACUGAAUUAUCUGAUGAUAUGAAAACGCAUAAACGAGCCUGUUUAGCUCUGGUUAAUGAAGAAAUCCGAAAACAACUACCUGACGAUAUUACCAAUGAUGCUUAA